AUGUCUCCCAACAAAGGAGGUCGACCUCGGAACCAGUGGACCUCCUGCCGUCAAAGGAGACUCAUCCGACUAUACUCCCUGACUACAUUGGACAUAAAUGAGAUUCAAUGCGUCCUGAAAGCCCACCAGUUCAAUCCAAGCUCCAGUGAUAUUCAAAAGAAGCUUCGUGAUUUGCUCCCGGGGGACUACGCAAAGAACUGGAGAUCUUUCCGACCGGCAAAAGGUCAGCCGAUGUCAAGACGAUUAGAUGCAAUUCGUACCAAACGCUACCGAGAGCAAAACACACCAGACAAGCGUCGCACUAGUGGACCAGAAGGCAGAAACCUGAAUUCGUGUCAUGUCUCUCCGUCGCUAGAGAUAUUUGAAGGACCGAGCACAGCUUUCCGCAAUUACUUGGGUCCAAAUGAUGCGAUCAUAUCUUACCAACAUUCUACCAACACAGAGGGAGGGUUAGAAUCUCAGAUUGUGGAGCCUUCCCGACUGCUUUUAGAUGGAUCAAGCAUAUGUUCCAAUAAAGCGGCUGCAUCCCAGCCACGACCAUCAUACGAGCCCGCCGAGCAGACCUUUCUCAACCCAGUGUCUUCUAAUAAGACUCGGAUACUAGUUGUUCCAGUCGCGAGGCCACGAGAUUCAUUGCCUAGCAUCCGGAGUCUCCAAGAGCGAUUGAAACGGACUGGCUCUAUCAUCCAAAGCAUACAUUCUGUCCUACGCUUCUCGUCUACCGAGUCUUGGAGGUCGAGCAUUUCUACAAGGUCGAGCAUCAUCUCCUUCGAAAGCUUAUUGCAGACGCAGAAAGCUGUCAACUCUUGCAUGAGCGGCCCUUCUCCCUCUUCACCAGCGGCAGAAAACGUCACACCGACCUCGAGCUCGACCGAAAAGACGACCAAACAAAAGAAUCGAAAGCAACAGCGCCGGAAACGCCCCGCCGCCAUAAAAUCGGAAUAUGGAAGAGCGCAUCUCUCUGAGCACGAAGAGAAAGUCUGGAACGACUUGAUCAAAGGCGAUGCGCCACUAGGCCCAUUUGAUGCGAGACCAGAGUUUCGGGAAAUGUCCCUUAAAGGGAGACCUUGCUGUGGCUCAACUCUGUCGCUGCAAGUAGACGCCGUUGGUGGUUUUUGUCCGCAGUGCGGUAUUCGUCAAAGCCAUCGACAUGCAAUAUCUAAUUUCAAGCUCUUCUCACACUCGAUCAAUGAAAAGGACUACUUCAACAAUGGCAUGCUGCACUUCGCGGCAGCUUGUCCUCAUUGGACUGCUGAUGAGUUCAUUAUCUGGAUUCGUGAAGGUGCCGACAUCAAAAGUGUGAACACCUCUGGGGCGACCUUCCUUCACAUCCUUACCGAGAACCUAGUUUCCGAACAUCUUCCCGAGUUUCUUAAAUUAGUACUCUUCAUCCACAACCUCGAUAAACUUUUCCCACAUUACUUCGACGGCAUCAAGUUUGAUCUUUCAUGCCGCGAUUAUCAUGGGCAAACUGUACUUCAUAUGCUAUUUCACAACCCAGAUUUCCUGCAAUCAAUUAGACCAGAAGGUCGAAGCGACUUCGAGCAACUGGUGGAGAUUAUGGCACCCGACGUAGGAGUGAUUGACAAUCUUGGACGAACAUUAGGCCACAUGCUUGGUGAUCGCAUCAACCAAGCCUCGACUAAACUUAUCUUGUCCACGAGACAAGAGACUGAUUUCAUAACUCAUCUAAAGUCCUCACCUUUCCGCAAAAGAACCUGGUUGGGCUGGCUCGAAGCAACCGAUAGAGUUACUUGGGUGGAUACGAAUGGCGAUACCGCUCUCAUUGCUCUAUUGAAAACUUGGACAGGCAACUUUGACGCAGAUCCAAGGCCAUCAUGGUCGUAUAAGGAUGCGGCUUCCUUAUCGUUUAUCGUCAAAGAAGUGGUCAAAUCAGGAGCAGUGGUACAUAUGCGUGAUAGAGCAGGCGACACAGCACUGGCAAUAGCAGCAAGAAGGGGUCUGCGAUCAGCCGUCACUGCUCUUCUGGAUGGAGGUGCUUGCGUGAACAGCCAGAACUACAUUGGCGUCAGUAUUAUUGAAGGGGCCUGUAGAGAGAUCCGACGAGCGAUCACGGCCACGAUGACCGUCUCUAUGCAAGGAUAUUAA